AUGGCCGCUUCAGCGCCUGCUUUUAAGCAGGCAUUCUCACCACAGCGGCUUUGUCUCCUCGCCGGCUUCUUGAUAUGCUCCACUGUCGCCGGGCCGGCGAUCGGCGCUGAUCUCCGGUGUCCCGAUUACGUCAUCCAGCACGCACCUAUCAUCUGGCUUCACUCUGACGAUCCUUACAUGCCUAGCGACCUUUUGACGCAUAUCCAACACACUUUCCCGGCACUAGACGGAAAACCCAUCCCGGAUAUCCCAAAUCUCGACCUGGACAACUUGGAAACACUCAAUAAGUUUGGAGACGAAGUAGCUCUCACAUCGAACGACGAUCCACUGAGCUACCCGGAAUGGAUUCACGGUACGACUCCCGACGCUGAUGGCAGAAUCAACAACGCAACACCAUGCGUUGUGGUUCUCGUCGAGAAGGGAGAGCGGGACCUGGAUGCAUUUUACUUCUACUUCUACUCAUUCAACGAGGGCAUGAACAUCAGCCAAGUUCUAGAACCAUUCAACCGGAUGGUUAAGGGCGAGAAGGUGCAGUCAGGAAUGCACUUUGGUGAUCAUGUCGGAGAUUGGGAACACAACAUGAUUCGAUUCCAAGAUGGGAAGCCCACUGGAAUUUACUACAGCCAGCACGUCGAUGGCGCCUCUUUCAAGUGGGAUGAUUCAACCCUCACAAAGACCGAUGGAAGGCCUAUUGUCUACAGCGCACGCGGAUCUCAUGCCAACUAUCCAACCCGCGGCAAUCAAAUUCACAACUCUGUAUUGGUCGACUACUGCGACGAAGGACGAAGAUGGGACCCCAUUCUCUCGGCAUACUUCUACCACUUCGAUCAAGAGUCCUUCACCGUCACUAGACUAGAUCCGCCAGCCAAGUCGUCACCAACUCCACCAUCAUCCUCGAACUUGACAUCCUUCUUCUACUACUCCGGCCGAUGGGGAGACAUAGCGUACCCAGCUUCCGAUCCCCGCCAGGAAAUCGUACCGAAGUUCGGAAUUAAGAGGAUUGAGUCUGGCCCGACUGGCCCACGACAUAAGCACCUUGUUCGAAAGGGCCUCAAGCCAGACCAAAGGCGCAAGAUGGGAUGGAUGGAGUGGGGCGUCGGCAUUUACAUGUCCUUGUACCCGUGUUGUCUAAGAGGAUGGAGGAGGUGGGUAUUCAUGGGGCUCGUCAUUGCAGUGCUAUCGGGAGCUGUCAUUGGGGCAGUCGUUGCUGUGAAGAAGUAUAGAAACAGGAAGUACACGAGAUUACAUGCGGAGGAUAUACCACUAGACGACUUUGCCCUGGAAGAUGAAGCACUUCUGUCUUCGUCUGACGAGGAAGAUGCGGGUAAACCAUCCAAGUUUGCUAAGCGACAUUAA